UUUUUUUUUGGACGAAUAUUGUCGUUAUGUAAAUGUGGCUGGGCUGCUCAGUAGUUGCACGGCACUCGUGGUGCUUUCCGACGCUGUGCACUGCAUACCGUUCGCUAAGGCUUGAGUAGCUCCUUUUGAGCACACCAUAUACGCUUUACUGCCAACGAGCUGUGUUGUGUCUACUUGAAAGUCGACCGGAACCGUUCAGCUCGGUCGGCGACUCAAGCGUCGCUUCAACUCUUUACAGCUCACCCCAGCACCACCAUGGGCCCCAAAAAGAAAGCCAAAGCCCCCAAGAAGACCAAGGAGGAGCUCGAGGAGGAGCGGCGUCUGCAAGAGGAGCAGGAGGCGCGGCUGCGAGCCGAGGAGGAGAAACGCAUCGAAGAAGCUCGACUGAAACGCGAGGCAGAGGCGGCUCGACGCCGUGAGGAAAAUGCAAAGAACCGCGCUGCCGAGCUGGCACAUCUAGCACUCGAGCACGAAGAGGCCAAGCAUGACCUGGAAGCCAAAGCGGUGCGUCUCGCUGAGCUGCUCCGUGCGCAGAAGGAAGCCAAGGAUUGGGACAACUACUUGGCCUGUCAGCCACGACCCGACGCACAGGUCGAAGGUGACAUGAACUCCUUCUUGAACUCGUGGCAGCUUGACACAGCCACGCUGGAGCUGGAACUACCCGCCGUCACUGCAGCUUGCGAGAGCGCCACCGAGGUCAUGGAGGACUUGACAUUCGUGGCGGCCAACGCGUGCGCUACCAACAACGAUCCGCUGCGAGCGCAGUGUGCACGCUUCAUUUUUCGCCUCCAAGAGCUCGUUAUCAAAAAGGUGGAUCUCACCACUGCCCAUAUUCUUCAGUACGCCGACGAGUACGCUGACUUGUCGCCUACAACGUCAAACAGCACUAACUCAUCUCGUGGUGAGGUGAAAUUAGCUAGUGCGUCCCCAAAUACGGGCUGGGUGCAGCUCGGACUAUGGGUUAACCUACUAGCUAAAGGGUCUUCGCGCAACAAGCGAGUGGAGUUUUCCGAGCUUGGUGUAAACGUGGAUCUCCCAAAAGCUGUCAUCACUCAGUCGUUGGCGUUGCGUGUGACGCGUUGGCCGUUUGACGCUUUCUCGUCGCUGUCAGAACGUGGGAGUGAUGUAGCACUGGGUGGAGUCUUCACACUUGAGUUACUGGCUGUACCGUCGCCUCCGAAGCGUGCUCGUGGAUGGAUCAUGCGGGAGGUACCCGACGCACGUGAACAGCUUAAGCGGCUGCAUUAUCCAUUAGAUGGUAUGGUCAUUUCUGCUGCAGUACCGAUCAAAGUUAGUAUCACACUACCCAAGGACGUACUGUACGCACCGACAUCAUUUAUCCGUGCUGGAAGUGCCGAGCUGCCUCGAAUUGGCUGGUGGGAUGUUACGCGACUGCGUUGGGAAGAAGAGGGCGUGACCGACGUCUUGUUCCAAGAAGAAACCAACUCCGUCAGCUUCAGUACAUUACGUCUCACUCACUUGGCAUUGCUAGUUCGACGUGAUCGUAACUAUCAUAAGCGUUCGUGGAGAUUAUGCAUGGACACCAGUUCACGACGAGUUGCUGAAGAUUUAUCUGGAGACAAUGAGCUUGGAGAUAUGCGCGCACGUUUAACGCUGAGCACGGCAAUGUUCCUGCGUAUUCAGUUCGAGAUAACACCACAAGGCGCCAGACUAGUAGAACCAGCACUUCCUCAACUGAAAGCGUUGAGGGAAGAAGCAAAGCCUCCUGGAGAAUUACUGACGAGAUUGGCUCGUGCUGGGAUUGAUCUAUGUCCACCGCUUGAAAUGAAGUACGAGGUUGAUGAAGAGAAGCAAACAACACGCUCAGAUUUCGUUCCCAAGCUCAAGAUACUGGAGGACCGAGUUAUUGACGAGAUUGCCAGUGUGGUGGCUGGGUUUGAGAUCACCGAUGGCAAUGGUAAUGCGCAUAUUAAUGGCGCAGCAGCCACACGUUGGCCAGGAGUGGUCGGUAACAGUAAGCAGAUCGUGUUCUCAGUCAAAGAGAUGUCGUGGCCAUACAUGACAGACGACAAUGAAGGAAACCAGCAACAGGCUGGAGAAGAUGAAGUCAUUAAUAUCGCUACAAGUGCCGCAAGUGUAUUGGUGCUAGCUGAGGUGGAUGAAGAGGCUAGUGGGGGUUGCGUCAAGUUCCGAUUGGACCGUAAGGGCGACAGCGAUACAGAAACAACGAUGAAGCCGCGUGAGGGUGACACCGAAGCAGUAGAUGGAGAAGAGGAAGACAUUUACGACACGCACGUGCAUCUCCGACGAGCUCUGGACGAGAUCUCGUCUCCGGAUGCUCGCGAUCGAAUGGACAAUUCCCACGUAUUGUUUGAACUGACACUACAGAAAAUGUUGCGUCUGCUUCGCCUGCUCAGCUACUCGCAGCCAUCUGCACUGCAUGAAGAGGGGGCAGCAACGAGUGCUGCAGAGUUGACUACGGAACCAGACAUCAAGGCUAAAGAACCCCACGACGUGGUAUCUGACCAUGCAACUCAAGAAGGAGGCGAAGCGAGUGCGGUAUCCAUUGAAAGCAGCUAAACAAGAACAAUAUAUUCUUUCAUAUCGGAAUA